AAUGCAAUUGCUUGUGUUAAAUCCAAAUAAAAGGAAAUGGAGACUAAAUCCGAUUGUGUAUAAACUGAUUUAACAUUCGCUAGUUCAAGAAGCAAGAACGAAGAAUUAAGAAACAAUUUUGGAACUGUAGGAAUUGCACUACCGACCAAGCCAUAGGCGACAUGAUUAUUGAUAGCUUCAAACCCUUAGGCAUGCGCGUUGUUAACUAAGACGGAAUCCAACCCAAAAUAUUCGACAUUUUUGUAUAAUCCCCUCAGCAAAAGGUGAUUUUCAACAUUGAAAUUUGGGUCAAAAAUCCUACGACAUGCAAGAGACCGCCGCUAUAAAACACCAAGCCUAAGUUUCCCAUUUCCUCGUCACCGAAAAAAAUGGAAAUUUGGUUCCUUAUCCUUCUCUUACUCUCCAGUUCUCUUCUUUUCAAAGCCUUCUUCAACUUCUUUUCCUCUUCGAAAACUGUUCGUCACACUCUUCCUCCGUCACCUUCCAGUUUUCCGAUCAUCAGCAGCUUAUUAUGGGCCCGCAAAUCCCUCUUACAAAACGAACAAAGCCUCCGUCACCUCAGCCGAACACUUGGUCCAAUGGUCACUCUCCAUGUCGGUCCUUUUCCUUCCAUCUUUGUCUUCGAUCGUUCCCUAGCUCACCAGGCUUUAAUCCAAAAUGGUUCCUUGUUUUCAGACCGACCCAAAUCUCUCCCUGCUAACAUGAUCAUGGACAGCAACCAACAUAACAUCAGCGCCGCUUCUUAUGGCCCUACAUGGCGGCUCUUUCGACGGAACUUGACUUCGGAGAUCCUCCAUCCGUCACGUAAAAAGUCGUAUUCUCUUGCACGAAAAUGGGUUUUGGGGAUUCUUUUUGGGGUUUUACAACAAAAGGCUAAAAGUGGAGAAUCAGUUGAGGUUUUGGUUCAUUUUCAAUAUGCUAUGGGUUGUUUGUUGGUUUUGAUGUGUUUUGGUGACAAACUUAGUCAACAACAGAUUGAAGAGAUUGGUGCUGUUCAUCGAAGGGUGUUGAAUGGUUUUGCGAGAUUCAAUGUGCUUAACUUAUGGCCUAGAGUAGUGACCAAGAUUUUGCUUCGUAAGCGGUGGGAUCAGUUGUUUCAGCUACGCAAGGAACUUGAUGAUGCAUUGAUCCCUUUGAUAAGAGAAAGAAAGAAAGUUAAAGAUGAGAGAUUGAGUAACAAGGGAAGUGAUGAUUAUGAGUUGGCAUAUGUUGAUACUUUGUUGGAUUUGGAAUUACCAGAGGAGAAAAGGAAACUUGAUGAAGCUGAAAUGGUCACCUUGGCCUCGGAGUUUAUCAAUGCUGGUACUGAUACAACCUCCACAGCUUUGCAAUGGAUUAUGGCAAAUUUGGUGAAAUACCCUUAUAUUCAAGAUAGAUUGUUCCUUGAAAUCAAAGGUGUUGUGGGAGAUUAUGUGGAAGAAAUCGAAGAAGAGGAUUUGCAAAAGAUGCCAUAUUUGAAAGCAGUGAUUUUGGAAGGGCUAAGAAGGCACCCACCAGCACACUUUGUGGUGCCACAUUGUGUGACUGAAGACACUGUCUUGGGAGGAUACUUGAUCCCAAAAAAUGGAAUGAUCAAUUUCAUGGUGGCAGAUAUGGGGUGGGAUCCAAAGGUGUGGGAGGAUCCAAUGGCAUUUAAGCCUGAGAGGUUCAUUAACAAUGCUGGUGGGGGGGAAGUGUUUGAUAUAACAGGGAGUAGGGAGAUUAAGAUGAUGCCAUUUGGAGUAGGGAGAAGAAUCUGCCCUGGACUUGGCUUGGCUUUGCUUCAUCUCGAGUAUUUAGUGGCUAAUUUGAUUUGGAAAUUUGAAUGGAAAGCCAUGGAUGGAGAUGACAUCAGCUUGGAGGAGAAACAUGAAUUCACCAUUGUGAUGAAGACUCCAUUGAUGGCCCACAUCUCACCGAGGAAGAGCUAAGUUAUUGGACUUUCUACUUAUAAUA